GUUCGUCUCAACCUCCACCAGAGUCUCGACCGUGUUCCCCAUUGCCACUCCAACACCUCCCUCCUCUCGCACCCGGUGACCGGCUUGGUCCUCCUUUGCUUGAUCCCACCACUCAUCAACUCGUGUCAGGACACAAGGCAGCCAGACACUGGAGGACACCGUUGCAGCAUCACAAAACCCUCAAUUUUCUUCAACCUCUGCGUCGCACAACUUCUGAGCCAUCUCGUCAAAGUCUUUCUCGCCUUCCUCCAUGAAUACUUCAUCGUUGAAAUAAAACCCACAACCCAUUACAAUGUCAAAUAACCGCUAUUCAUCCCUCAACCGACGAGCCCCCCCUUCAUCCUCACUCUUUCAAGACUAUCCUGGCUCUCGCCCCUCUAGUUCCUCCUCGACUCCUCGACCCGGUGGCUAUGGCGGUUAUUCCUCAAAUUCACAUACCCAGCCCUCCGCAUCUCCUUACCUGAACCCAUAUCCUCAAGACAAUACGCCCUCUUCCGCUUUUCGACCUGCUACUCCCAACUCCAAAGGCCAAUAUUCAACCUCGGUUCUAGAAGAGCUAGAAUCCCAGAAUGAAAUCACCGCCACAACAUUACUGUCCCAGAAAGUCUCUCAAUUGAAAUCCCUUACCGUAGCCAUUGGCGACGAGAUUCGUGACUCGAGUUCACUGGCUGCUCAAAUCAAUGACUCGUUUGAAAACACUGGCGUCCGGUUACGGGGCACCAUGAGGAGGAUGUUAAGGAUGGCGGAAAAGACAGGUGUCGGGUGGAGGGUUUGGCUCCUGUUCUUCAUCGCCGUCUGGGCCCUCUUUGCUUAUGUCUGGCUGUUUUGAACCUCAUGAGCUAUUCCCAACAAUGGUCCCUCUUCAUUUCCUUGUUGCGAGCGACACUGUUGUUGAUUAUUGAUUUUGAGCACGGCGUUCAGGAGUCUUGCAUCAGAGCCAUUCUCGAUUUGCCGAGGUGUAUUGUGGAAUUAUUUUGCACGAGCAGAUACGGUCACCGUUGAUCAAAUAUUCCCUCGCUGCUGUCAUACGACAUGUGCCGGACGGCCCUGGUCACCUUCGUCUCUGCGUAUCCCGCAGUUUUGCGCAGGGCAGAAGGAUGCGAACAUGUCAUUUAUGGACUAUGUAUUAAGAAUGCAAUGUAUAUAUAUCACCAAAGGUGGCAAUCUGCCAGUAAUUU